CGGAUAGAUAUUAAAGUGUUAUCUGUAAAACAGAAUAUUUAAUAGAUAUGACUACAUGACAAAUAACAUUUGAUACGGUUUUGGAUUUUAUCUAAGCUAUUUAAUUCCAUACUCCCAUGUAUGAUUCACCUAAUAAUAUAAGUACGUAUAUUAAAUUUAAAAUCAUUUGAUAUACCUACCUACAAAUCCGUAAAUUGAAUUAUCGUUGAUGUGGUUGAAAAUAAAACUGCAAAUUAUAUUAACUACACCUAUUAAUUAGAUACUAGGUAGCUAUUUACUAGAGAACAUUAAAAACUGAGUUUACACAAUUAAUUUAUUAAUGAAUCUUGUAUCUAACCUUUCAAAUUUUGAAUGAUUAAUUAAAUGAUACUUGCAUCGGAAUAUUCAAUAGGUGAGUAAUUAUCAAAGUUAAUAUUUUAUAUUAUAUUAGAAUGUCUAAAUAUAGUAACAUAUUAAGCAUACAUUAAUUGAUUCAAAUUUAUAAGUAUUAAUAAUAUUGCUUAAUUAACGGAAAUUGUUAUUGCUUACAAAUCGAGUUAAUAUUGGUUACAGAUAAGAGAUGAGAGACCUAUCUAUACAGUUGAUUAUAGAUAUUAUAUUAUAGAUACGCAUUUACAAAGUUUGAAAUUGCGAUACAUAUUAUUGCAAUUAUUCAGUGAAACUAUACUAGUUCAAAACUAUAUUAAGUACAUAUUAUUAAUAACGGUUACAACAAUAAUUUAUGUACUUAGUUAUUUAUUACCUGCCUAUUAUAAUUUCCAAAGCGGCUAUAGUAAGUAUAUUGUUUUAACUUUUAUAUUAAAAUGUUGUACUUCAAACAGUACAAAUUGAUGAAUGUUCUUAGUAUUGAGACUUUGAUUUAGGUAAGACUUGAGGUCGGGACUUGUUACAACGCCAAGUUAACAUUUAUUGUAUAUCUAAUUCACACACAGUUACGAUUCAAAAAUAAGUAAAUAAAAAAUAUUAUUUAUUGCGUGCUAAAUGCGUUGACAUUUUUCAAUUUAUCGUGUCACCCGUGUUGGAAAUCACAUAAUUAAACAUGGGUAUGGAUAUUACUUACAUAUAUAUAUAUAUAUUAAGUACCUAUCUACAAUAAAUUUAGUGAAAUAUUAUCAUUAUACCUAUAUCAUUUUAUUAUUGUAAACACUCUUAUAUAAAACGAGUGGAUGGUUUAUUUUUUACUUCGUUGCAAUUAAUCAUUAUAUUAUUAAGUAGGUACCUAUACAGUAGUUAAUAUGUAACUUUUGACUGGUCAUGAUAAAUUAAUUUGUCAAAUGUAGUUGGUCUUCUUUUUUAACGUAUUUAUUAAUCUGUAUUAACACGUCACCGUCACGUACAUACUCUCACGCUUGUCGUUAUAUUAUGCUCACAUGUCUUUAUUCUGACUGUUCAGUUUAUUCGUACCUUGAAUUGAGUUGAGCUGUCGAUAAAUACUAACAAAAUAUUAUUAAAAAUAAACAUAUUACAUAAUAUUUUCUUAUACAACAAUGUGUAUUACGGUUAUCAACUGGGUAUCGUUGAUUAUAAAUUAAUGAUUAAAAUGUAUGUUAAUUUGUAUUAUAACUCUGGCAUUAAAUCAUUAUGCGCGAGUAGCAACAUAUAGGUACCUAGUUAAUAAUAUUCAAAAAGUUUACCUAUCGAAAUAAAUUAGACUCGUUCGUAUUUUUUUUUUUUAAUUCGAUGAUAAUCAUUGGCCAAUGUUGAAAUACUACAAUUAUUUUAGUUAAACAGUUGGUUGAUCAAACGAUAUUAACUUAGAAAAUAAAAUGACUAGGAAACGAUUAAAAAGUAAGUGUAUAAUAAUAAUAUAUUGUCAUUUCUGAAUAAUUUAAUUUUAAUUUGGUUGAUAUGAAUGAAAUAAAUAAUAAUACGCUUUCGUCUUUUAUAUUGAUAAUAAAGAAAUAUCCACGAUUUAUCGUGGAUUCGUGGUAUGUCUUAUCAUUCAUCGUUGAGAUAAUUGGUCUUGCUGGUAUUUCUCAUCCCUUCUCGUCCACUCGUGAUCUUUUGACCAAUCUAAAUUCGUUUAACGUCUUCCCCACACUAUGUCUACGCUGUCGUUACCAUGACAGCUUGGUUGCCUGUUGCCAGUGUGCUGACGUUUGGCAUUUGCUCGAAGUAUUAAUUUUUCUGGGGCGUUAAUUUUCUCCCGAAUUAUUUCAUUUUAUUUUUGUAUUAGUAGUAAGCUAGAUUUUUUAAAUUUCAUUUGUUAAUGAUAAUACUGAACAUGUGUUAAAUGUGUUAUUUAUUUUACAGUUACAUCAGAAUUGGAGAAUAGCAAAAUUGAAACAGUGUCAACAUCAAAUAAUAUGGCUUUAAAUAAUGGACUUAGUCAAAACAAUGUACAAUCCCAAAGUGAUGACAAACAUUUUUCAUAUUUCUCAUUGUAUAUAGUAUUUCAGGUAUUUAAAAAAAACUGAUUUAAAAUUAUUAAGUUUUUUUUUCUGAUUAAUUUAUAUUUUCAGAUAAUUGGAUUACUAUUGAUAUUUGCUGUGGGUUUUUGGAUUUUUGUUUUUCGCGGUGGAGUUGGUUUUUCUGAAUCAAAAAUAAUAUUUAAUUGGCACCCACUGUUAAUGACAAUUGGUUUUGUUUAUUUAUUUGCAAAUUGUAAGUAUUAAUUAAAAUACAUUUUUUUUUUUAAAACUGAUAAAACUAUUUUUUUUUUUUUAAACUGAUAAAACUAUUUUUUUUUUGUUAAGUAUAUGUUUGAUAUUGAAUAACUUUAUAAAAUAUUAAAUUAUUUUAUAUAUCAGAAAUAUUGAAAAGAAUAGAUUUGGGUGGUUUGGACAUGUGAUGAGAAAACAUGAGUCAGAGGCGGUCAGAGUUUUACCAAUGAAUGCGAAUGGAAAAAAUGUAAGAUGAAGAAUGAAAAUGAGAUUAUUAGAUAGAAAUAAGAGUGAUAUGAACAUUAAUUUGGAGUGUUAUGUCGUGUCUAUUUAGGUAAUUGAUCUUUUCGUGAAGUAUACAUCUAUAUCAUGAAAAGCACAAUUUAUUAAAAAUAAAUAGGUAGGUAGUCAAUUAUUCAUUAUAUUAAAGUUUCUUAAUGAAAAAUAGAUCACAUUUAUUACUUUUAAUUAAGUAGAUCGUUAAAUACUAAACUACCUUAUGAUGGAAUAUAUUUCAGCAUUCAGAUGUUUUUUUACUGUUACAUAAAUAUCAACAUAUUAUACAUAUUAUGUAAAUAUAAUGAUUUUUUGAAAAUGUAAGUUACACACUGUUAAACUUUUAAUUUAUAUAUUCAAGAGUUGAUACUGAAGACGGGUGUAGCUUCUGUUGUAGGUGAUAAUUGGGAAGGUGGGAUACAUAAAGUUUUUUAAAUUUAUACCUGUAAUCAAUGAUGGUUGGGUUUUUAUACAUUUUUAAACUAAAAAAAAUUAAACUCAUGAAUAUAUUAUUUUGCAUAUUUGAAUGAAAGUAAGUGCAUAAAUUAAUUUGUAAGUUGUAUUUAUAAGUUUCUAGUGCAUAUAAUUCCGUGUUCUAAUGAUAACCAACCAAUAUUAUAUUAGCAUAUCAAAGCUUGUUUAUUCGCUAAUACUAAUUUAAAUGUUUAAUAUACAAUUUGUGUUUCAAAAAGCUGUAUUAUUUUUAAGAGAUGUAUAGAUUUAGAAAAUUAUGCUAUUUGGGGGAAGUUCAUUAGAAUCAAAGAUUUUGUGUUUUGGAUAAGAGUCCUCUUUAGUUAUACACUGAAGAAUUUGCUGGCUUCAUUUACCUUUUUCAUUUCGUCUUAAUAAAAAUGAAUUUAAUAAAUAAUAUUUCCAAAAAUAAAUAAAUAUAAUUCACGGUAAUAAUUUUAAUUUCAAAUUAAUCUAAAUUACUAGGUUACACAUAACAGAAAAAUAAUCUCAAUGUUUUCUUAUUUUUUUCCAGAUUUUUCAAAUUAAUUGAAACUAAUUUAUAAAAUAAAAUUCAAUUACCUAUUGUCUUUUAUAGAUAAUUUCUUGGGAAAAGUGAUAGCUCUUAAUACAUUUUCUCCUUAAAUACUUAACUGUUUUAUUUUUAAAUAUUAACAAAUUUAAAUAUGUGAGUUGCAAAAUGUAUAUUUUUAUUUAUCUUUGUAUCUUUUACAUUAUAAACAUUAAUUUCAUUUUUUAAAAUAGCAACUGACAAUUAAGUGAAUUAUGUGCAUAUAAAUUAUUUUUUUAUUAAAUAAAUAUAAAUAGAUAUCAAUUUUCUUUAUUUAGUUAGUAUUAUUUAUUUAUACUAAACUAAAAGUCAGGACAUUGUAAACUGUUAAAUAUUAUGUUGAAAAAACUGGUUUUUUAUUCAUUAUUGAAUAUUUUAAAUAUCUAGUUAAGUUUUCUUCUUGAUAGAAAUAUAUUUAUUACAAAAAAAAAAAAAAAAAAGAAUAAUAACAAUAAUUAUGGAGCAGAUUUUAAUGUCUAAAAAACAAGAAAAAUGAAAUAAAAAAAUACAAUUUAAUGCACUUAUAAAAAAAGGGUUAUAAAUGCCUUAAUAAAAUUGUACUCAAUUUUUUAAAUAUUUUUAUAUAAUAAUUGAUGUAUAUUCUUCUUCUUCUAUUUCUACUCUGGAAAUUAUAAUAAUACUAAACACUUAACACAACAGUGUAAAUACCUAGUGCAAUACGAUAUCAUUAUGACUUGGAUAAAUAGUUUAUCGUUAUUUAUAUUGCAACCACCAUCAUAUAUAUCUGGUACAAUCAGUAAAACCAUAAUACACUUUAAAAAUAUAAAUAUGAUUUUUUUCCCUUUAGCUGGAAAUCAAAGAGCUGGUUAGGGAAUCAAAUUUACUGGUAACACUAUGAAUAUGUAAAAAUAAAAUAAAAAUGUCUUAAAAAUUUAAAAAUGCACUUGUUAAAAAAUGUUCUACAAAAUUAAAAAAACUUAUAAAAGUGCAAAAAAAUGCACAAUAAAAGUUUCAUUUUUGAAUUAUUUGAUACAUGACACAAAUUUUGUGCUUGGUAUGUAUUUUUUUUAGGGCAUUCAGAAAUAAAUGCAAUUUGCAUUGAAAUCUGCUCUUUAAUUAUAAUAAUACUGUGAUUAAUAAUAUGUCAUCUAUGUGUAUUAUGUUUAAUUUUUGUAUAGAUAAUCAUAGGAAUUAUCUAGUUAGUAGUAUUCAAUGAGUAAAUGGGCUUAUCUUAGAAAAUAUCAAAUGUUUGUUUUAUUUGUAUGAUAGUUUUAAUUUAAAAAAAACCUAAUAUUUAUAGAUUUGAUUUAUUUUACUUGUAAGCUUGUCCAAAAAGUGACCCAAAAAAGGAUUAUUUAGUGGAUAGUUGGAUAUUGUUUUAAUUCUUUAAGUGUAGAUCUAAUAUAGGAGACUAUAUCUUCCCCACUUUUGAAGUGAGUGUUGGCUGCCAUCAAUAUUGGAGUGUUUUCUUUUUUUUUCAUUGCUCAAAAAUGAGUUUUAUUGAAAUAUUAGUCUGAAAUAUAGUGCACAUUAAUUCUUUAAAAAUAUAAGUCCUGAAUUAAUAAAUCAAUUAAAUACCUUGGUUAAUAAUGUAUGUCCAUAAUUGGGGUUUUCCAAAAAAAAAAAUGUUUAAAAAGUUUAUGAACUUUUUUAGUUUUUCUCAGUUUUUCAUAAUAUGUCAAACUUACAAUGAAAAAUUACGUUGCUAAAUUUUUCGACCUUUUAAUUAGGCAUUAAAUUUAUUAAUUUUGGCUAAGUAUCAAAGUUAAUAAUAGAUUUUGAAUUUAAACUUUUUAAUCAUCACUAGUUGAAAUUAAUAAUCUUUAAUUCAAAUACAUAGUAUACAUUUUAUUGUAUCAUAUAUUAAUAAUUGUUCGUGAUAUAGAAAUACAAAAUAUGAUUACUAGUAAUUAUAAUGCUCAUUCCAUAUGGAGAUAGGCAGAUUUUGGCUUACCGGAAAAUUUUAAAAAUACUUAGUUUUUUUUUUUGCUUAUUGGCAUUAGCAUUAUAUAUGGUCUACAUAACUUCCAGUCUUCAUUCAAUCGUACCCAUCAUUAUCAAGAUCAAAGGGCCGACCAGGAAAUUCCCGGCUUCCUAGUACGCCUAUCUGCCCAUUGCUCAUUCUCGGGUAAUAUUAUUGUUGGUGAUUAUCGUAAAACUAUCCCACUGUAAGCCACUAAGUUAACUCUCUCUAUGAUUGUCAUUAUGUAUAUUUUUUAAAUUUAAUGUCGAUGGCUGGGGAUGCCAUUGGCAUUAGUCAUUUUACAUGUUGAUCAUUAUUUAAUUUGAUAUAAUAACAAUUAACUUUCGACUGUGUGACUUAUUUAUACUUAUUUAGCAUGUUAUAUUUGAGAUUAGAAUACAAAUUUCAAUAGAACUAAUUCACAUAAAACAAAGAAACUUUGAUUUUUUAGUUGUCUUUUUAAGUUAAUGGCCAACAUCGACCUAGGAGAUUGAAAAAAAAUAUAGUCUUCUUAUAUCAAAUCUAUAUAUACAAAAUAAAAUAUUUCCAGAUUUCCACUAAUUAAUUCCUUGUUAAAACCUUACUUGACUGACCUAAUUGUCAAUGAUUUUGUUUGUAAACAUGAGUAUUAAUUAUUAGUUAUUAUUGAUUUAUUAUAGCUAUCUUGCACUAUCGAACAUUUCGCCAUAAGAACAAACGAGAUUUGAAAAAUCAACAUGCAAUCAUUCAUGGUUGUAUUAUUAUUUUGAUACUACUUGCUGGAUGGGCUUCUUUCGCUUCUCAUUUGUAUAAUAAUCCUCCUAUUCCAAAUUUAUAUACUUUACACAGUUGGUUGGGCGUUGUAACUAUUUUAAUGUUUUUGUCUCAGGUAAAUGGAAUAUUAAUUAUUUUUAUUAAUUUGUUUGAAAAUACUUGAUUUUUAAACAAAUUAAAUUAUUAAAUUAUUAUUAUAUUUUAGUUUAUUGGUGGUUUUAUGUCGUUCCUGUAUCCUGGAAUAGCUGUCCAAUAUAGAGAAGCUAUAAUGCCUUACCAUGUUUUCUUUGGUGUUUUCAACUUUGCUUUAGUAAUUGCAACGUCACUUCUGGGAUUAUGUGAAAAAUUAAUUUUUUCUUUGUAUGUUAUUUAUAAAAGUGAUGUUUUUCAUUAAUAGUAAUUAUAUUUAUAUUUUUUUUUUUUAGGAAAGAUGAAUAUAGAACAUUUCCUAAUGAAGGACUGUUUGGUAACUUCAUAGGUUUAUUGUUUAUGGUUUUUGGUGGAUUAGUUGUGUUUAUGGUGACCAAACCAGAGUACAAGAGACACUCUAAACCAGAAGAUAGUAUGUUACUUUCUCAAGGUUCAGAAUAAUAUUUAUUCUAUGUUUUUAUAUUAUUUAUUUUAUUCAAGUAAAAUUGUACUUAUUUCUUCAUUAAUAUUUAUGAUAUUUUGCAACCAAUGAGCACAUUUAAUUUAACUUGUAUUUAAUUAUAUUUUGGUUGGCUUGGAGCUUAAACAAAUAAUUGUAUUUAUAAUGUUAUUUUAUAAGUUAAAAUAGUUUAGGAUUUCCUUAAUUGCUAUAUUACAUUGUAUUAUUGUCUAUGUAAUAAUAUUACAACACAAUUGAUUUUUAUUCAUUGGCCAUCUUUUUACUUUUAUUUUUUAUUAUUAUUAAUUAUACAAAUCAAUGGCUAAAAUUAUCAUACAUUUUAAUGUAUAUUUUUUUUUCAACUCUAUAUUUGAUGGUGAUAAUGAUUAUUUUUAAAAGUAAUCAUUAUUUUGGUGAUUUUGACAUGUUUAUCUUUUUAAUUUAUCUGUAUAUUGUAUAUAUUAUAUAUAAGGUAGAAGACUUAUUUGCAGUCAUACGAGAUAACACAGUAACUCCAAAAAACACAUUUUUGGAAAAACGUUAUUUUAGUUUCAGCUUUUAAAUUGUCCUAUCAUAUAGGGAAAUUUAUAAAGUAAUACUUACUAAACAAAUUUCAACAUAACAAUGUCCAAAGUAUCCAUUUAAAAAAAAAUCCAAAUUUUUUAUUUUUCUAUAUUUAAAGGGAGUUACCGGUUUUUUCACUGUGUUUUUUUAUGGUAGUCAGAAAAAAAAACUGUUUUAAUAUUUCUGAUUGAACAUAUUAUUCUUAUGUAAAAUAAUUAAACAGGUAUUCAAUAUGAAUUUGUAUUUCCUGAUUUAUUAAGUAUAAUAUUAUAUUAAUCAAUUUGUUCAAAGUAUCUUUAUUUAUUGAUGAGUAAUGAGUAUAUAAUAACAAAAUUAUUAAAAAUAAUAGCAUUCUUUUUUUUUUCUUUAAACUUAAAAUGUUAAACAAUAGUAAAAUUAUAAAUAUAAAUAAUAACAACUUACAGUCUUGUAAUUAACUUAAUAGGACAAAAAUUAUGAAGCAAAUUAAAUAAUUAAGAUGAUUGUUCCCUUUUUUUCUUUUUAGACAAAAUUAAAUAAUUUAAAAACAAUUGUAGGAUUUUGUUCCUUAUUUAACAAAAUUUAAACUUUGGUAAAAUAUUAAAAUUAAUUAAAACGAUAAAAUUAUUAAUUUUACAUUGUAGUAUAAAUCCUCUGAUUCUUCUAUGCAGUGCGGUAAAUCAAACUAAAAUUGUUUCCGAUUGUAAUAUCAUAAAUCGGCACAAGUGGAACCAAAUUGGUGAUAAUUCCAGCUUUUUUUGGUUGGAGAAAAACCUUUUUUAAUGUACUUUUUUUAAGAAUUUUUGUAAAAGGGAAUAAGUAUCAUAAUUUGUUGAAUAACAUAAAUAGUAAUUGCCUCUGAGUGCUUUAAUAUGGACAAUCUGAUUUAAAAGUGUUCCUAUAUGUUGAUUAUUAAGUUUAUAGACUGAAAGUUUAGAAGUCCAAUUUAAAAAAUCAUCAAUUCCCAUAAUUUUCACAUUGAUGUGGCCAGAAUUGGCUUUUGAAACAGCUGAGAAGUUUUAAAAAUCGUACAAUUUGCCUUUUAUUUUCAUGGGUAACUCAAUUUGAUGAUGGAAAGAUAGCAAAAUCAAAAUGGAGGGAAAAUUAUCAUUGAUAUUAUACAAAUGUUGAUAAAGUAAAAUAAAACCGCGGUUAUAAAUCUAUUGAUAACCAAGAACAAGACUACUCGUAAUUUUAUGAACAUAUUUAAUAUUUUAACUAAAUUUUAUCUUGAUUUAAAAUAUACCGAUCAAAAUAAAAGUAACAGUAAUUCCCUAGGAAAUUAUUUGACUUUCUGUAUUAAAUUAUAUGAAUUAUAUGAUAAUUAUAUUAUCUAGUUCUUUAAAAAUGCAUUUAUUAUUAUUGGCACAUUUGAAAAGGUAUCGCUCAUCACAAAUCCACGUCUAAAUAAAUAAACACGAAAUUAUGUCUUCUUAAAAUCAAUAUUUUUUGUACCGAUAAAUUUAUCGGUAUAAUUACAUGCCUGAAAUCAUUAUCUGUCGGUAAAGACUAAAAAAAAUUAAAUUUUAAAUAUUAUACCUUGCAUAGAGUGUCAUUUUCGUCGUAUCCAUCUGGACAGUCACUAUUACCGUUGCACACAGUGCUUCUUGGGAUACAUUCACCAGUUAAACACGUGAAUUCUGAAUAUCUAUCACAUCUCUAUAAUAUCAUUAAAUAUAUUAUAUAUAUCAUUAAUUACAUUGUUUAUACCGCGUCAUUUAUACAAGGUUCUUAAAAAAAUUUGUUUUUUAACCUUCAUCUGAUAGCAUAAUUUUACA